CUCGGGGAAAAGGGGGGACCGAGCGUGCAGCGCAGGGCUCCUUCGCAUGUUGCGCUGUUAUUUUGGGUCCUCGCUCUUGUCAUGGGACUAGAGCAGAAAUCGGGGCUGCACUGCCACCUCUGGUUUGCAGCCUCAUAAACCUCGUCUCACUUCGGCUCCAGUCGCUCCUGCUCCCCGCACGCGCCGGCCGCUGCCCCUCUCCGUCUUCUUGGGAGGAGAGUGUCUCCUGCUACCCGGGGAACCCCGCCACCCCCAGUGGAGCCAUGGCAUCGGGCAGGAGGGGCUGGGACAACAGCCGCGAGGAUGAUCUGCCGGUCUACCUGGCCAGGCCAGGUACCACGGACCAGAUCCCCCGGCAGAAGUACGGGGGCAUGUUCUGCAACGUGGAGGGCGCCUUCGAGAGCAAGACGCUGGAUUUCGAUGCCCUGAGCGUAGGGCAGCGAGGGGCGAAGACCCCGAGGAGCAGCCAAGGCAGCGCAGGCGGCGGGGGGAGCCGGCCGGUGGCGGCUGAGCCGGACACCCCCCGGAGGAGCCAAGCCCGGGAGGAGUGCCGAGAUCCCCCGGCUCCAGCGCUCAGCGGGGUGGAGAUUCGCAGCGCUUCGGGCAAGGAGGUGUUGCAGAACCUCGACCCCAAAGAUAAGAGUGACCGUCUUCUUAUUAAAGGGGGCAGAAUAGUCAAUGAUGACCAGUCCUUUUACGCGGACAUCUACAUGGAAGAUGGUCUAAUAAAGCAAAUUGGAGACAAUCUGAUUGUACCUGGAGGGGUGAAGACCAUUGAAGCUCAUGGGAAGAUGGUAAUCCCCGGAGGCAUAGAUGUUCACACUCACUUCCAGAUGCCAUACAAGGGAAUGACCACAGUAGACGACUUCUUCCAAGGGACUAAAGCCGCCUUAGCUGGUGGGACCACCAUGAUCAUCGACCACGUGGUCCCUGACCCAGAAUCCAGCCUGACUGAAGCCUAUGAGAAGUGGCGGGAGUGGGCGGACGGGAAGACCUGCUGCGACUACUCCUUGCAUGUGGACAUCACUCAUUGGAGUGACAGCGUCAAGCAAGAAGUCCAGAGCCUCAUCAGGGACAAAGGCGUCAACUCCUUCAUGGUUUACAUGGCUUACAAGGAUUUGUAUCAGGUCUCCAACACAGAGCUCUAUGAGAUCUUUAGCUGCCUCGCAGAACUAGGUGCCAUUGCUCAAGUUCAUGCAGAAAAUGGAGACAUCAUCGCCCAGGAACAAGCCCGGAUGUUGGAAAUUGGAAUAACUGGCCCAGAAGGCCAUGUGCUGAGUAGACCAGAGGAGCUGGAAGCUGAGGCUGUUUUUCGGGCCAUCACCAUUGCCAGUCAAACCAACUGCCCUCUCUACAUCACCAAGGUCAUGAGCAAGAGUGCUGCGGACCUCAUCUCUCAAGCCCGGAAGAAAGGAAAUGUGGUGUUCGGUGAGCCCAUCACAGCCAGCCUUGGCACGGAUGGGACACACUAUUGGAGCAAGAACUGGGCCAAAGCUGCUGCUUUUGUGACAUCUCCCCCACUGAGCCCUGACCCCACCACUCCGGACUACAUCAACUCCCUAUUGGCAAGUGGGGACCUGCAUCUUGCUGGGAGCGCCCACUGCACAUUCAGCACAGCUCAGAAGGCAAUUGGGAAGGACAAUUUCACGGCCAUACCCGAGGGCACAAAUGGGGUGGAGGAGCGCAUGUCUGUCAUCUGGGAUAAGGCUGUGGCCACUGGGAAAAUGGAUGAAAACCAAUUUGUAGCUGUGACCAGUACCAAUGCCUCCAAGAUCUUCAACUUGUACCCUCGGAAGGGAAGAAUAUCUGUGGGUUCUGACAGUGACCUGGUCAUUUGGGAUCCAGAUGCUGUGAAGAUUGUUUCAGCCAAGAACCAUCAGUCGGCUGCAGAAUACAACAUCUUUGAAGGGAUGGAGCUGCGGGGAGCGCCCCUGGUGGUCAUUUGCCAGGGCAAGAUCAUGCUGGAGGAUGGCAAUCUUCACGUGACCCAGGGGGCUGGGCGCUUCAUCCCCUGUAGCCCUUUCUCGGACUUUGUCUAUAAGCGCAUUAAAGCUCGGAGGAAGAUGGCUGAAAUGCACGCUGUGCCAAGGGGCAUGUAUGAUGGGCCAGUGUUUGACUUGACCACCACUCCCAAAGGGGGCACCCCUGCAGGUUCCACCAGGGGGUCGCCCACUCGCCAGACCCCCCCAGUGAGAAAUCUUCAUCAGUCAGGAUUUAGCCUGUCAGGUACUCAGGUGGAUGAAGGCGUCCGUUCCGCCAGCAAGCGUAUCGUGGCGCCCCCUGGAGGCCGUUCUAAUAUAACAUCCCUGAGUUAAGUAGCCCCAAAGAGGAUGAGAAACCAGAAGAGAUUUUUCAAAGCCAAAAUGGUACAUUGGUAUUUAAGAAAGAAAGAAAGUGAAUCCAAACAGUUCCAAUCUGAAGAAUCAAUAAGCCUUCAAGCCUUAUUUUUUUUUCUCCCAGUGCUACUCGCUUGCCUCGCUUUAAGAGUAUCGCUUCAUUUCUGUUGAUUUGGGUUUUUUUGCAUAGCCUUGAGAGUUUUUUUUCCUCUUCUACAUGCAUGCAGUAAGAUGAGUCACUAAGUUAAGAGUCUGUAACCUACCUAUGUGUUGCGUGCUUGUGUGCCGCUGAGUUAUAAGACGGGGGAUAGACAAAGCUGGGAGGACAGGGAACCCAAAAGGUAGAACGAAAGGGAAACAGGCCGCUUGGGGUGGAAGGGUGGUGGGAGCCCUGGCAGAGGGGCAGCGGGUGGGCUGAGUGCGGGAGGUGGGUGGGCCAGGGGAAGGAAAAGGGGGUGUUGUGUAUUGUGUCGAGUACUUCUGUUUCCAAUGAAGCCCGUGGGGCAUGGCCACCGUCGUCAUCACCUCAUCACAUCACGGUACCACGGGGCCUCCAGAGAAGGCAAGCAGUUUCUGUCACGUAGCCUUUGUUACGUUUCCUCUUCAUCUGGUUUGUGUUACUUUGUACAUUUUAUUAAAAAAUGAAAGGCAAUCACUUCUUUCCUCCUGCUUGGUUGUCCCCCGUUCUUCGGUCUUUUGCUCGGUUAUUUUCAAGGCCUCUUCGCCUCUCCAGCUCGUUCUUCUCUGGCCUGAGGAGAAGAAGGUGCUUCCGUUUUCUCCCUUCCUGCUGGUGUCCUCAGCCCUGUAUUUUCUGCCAGGUGACUGGUGAUAGGUGACCCAGGGAGGCGGGGCAAAGAUCCUCAAGAUGGCAGUGACACCUUACAAAGAGUUACUCUUUAGCGGGUUACUCUUUAGCUGCCUGCUAGAGGAUGGAUCACAAAUGCAUGUUGAUGAAGAGAGAGAAUCCUAAGGACAUUUUAGUGUAUAAAAUCAGUUAAUGUUGGAUGUGGCCAAAAAUAGGUUCCAUCAAGCCUCCCGGGGGACGCCAAGCCAGGCAGGUCUGGGCAGUUGAUUUUCUUAGUUUCCUGGUGCUCAUACAGCUUCAGAUUGGAUGGAAGGUCUUUUUUUUUUUUUUUUGGUGUGUUUUUGGCAGGCAUUUUCCUAAGAAUCCCUUGAAAUUUUAAUUAGCGGUAAGGAACCUCAUCUCCUGUGGAUCUGGGGAUGGGUGUGGGAGAAGGCAGGAAGUCAGAGAAGACUUUUUCCAUUGACAUUUUCUUUUUCAUUUGUAACUGAUCCAUUUUAUCCUUCAUUAAGAAAUAAACCUGCUGUGUUUAUGAGUUCUUGUAAAGGUCAGGAAAGGGUGGCUUUAUUUUCCACCUUAGCAAAAUGUAGGAGUUGGAUGAUCUUUUAAGAUCCCUUCCAGUGCUUAAGCCUGUGGUCACAGGGCAAGAGUUUGCUAAAGGUCGAGUUAGAGAAGUGAGAUCUUGCAUACACCUGCUUUUGUCUUCUGAGUUCAAGCAUUGAUUGUCCACUGCUGGUCAUUUUCUUGCAUUGUGUAUUGCACGCACAGGCUUUCUCGAGUACCUUUGAGCAGGAACAGAGAGCAUGGGCAUAGUUUUCCCAAACCAGGACAUUCUGAAGGAUUUAUACUCAUAAGAUGGUUUUUAUUUUCAGGUUUCUGACCUGAGGAGGGAGAUGAGUUGAGUAGACAAAUCCCAAGUGAACAGAGAAGAGGGCUCCCAAUGCUUUUUAGGGUCUUCUCAAUACUCCAUCUUGUUCCUCUGGGGACUGAGGAGGGUGGUGCAUUUCCAUUUUUCCUUUCUUGCCCAGUGUCCCUGGCCCUCUUUUUCCUAAAGAAAUAGCAGAACCAUCCAACCAAAUAUCCCUGCGGUUGGUCUGUGUUGUGAAUCAGGCCAGAAAUGAAAAAGAGAACAGAACAGACUGAAAAUGACUAGGGAGGAUUUUAAUGAAUUGAAAUUGCUUUUAAAAUAAUUUAAUGUUGAUAUCCUCAUCUCUUAAAUUUUACAAGGGCUUUGAAAAAAUCAUAUUUUGGAAUGAAGACUGAGAAACCCUGGUGUUGAGAGAACCCAUUUCCCUAAGAGAGGAAUAAAAUGAAAUCUGUGCACCAACCCUGGAAAGGCACCAUCCCAGUGAGGCCAUUUUUGUCUCUAAGGGCCAACCAUUUAGUGACUAUUGCCUUGGAUGGUUAUUUGGCAUAUAUCUUUCCUUCUUUUCCUCUGUUUUGAAUCAGUUUUAGAUGUUAAGGCUAAGAGGACGUAGCAUUUUAGAUUUGUUUCAUCCAUGGGUGGGGGAAGGGGUGGAAUUAGGCUUAAUGUCAGUUGGGGUUACUGGUUCCCAAUGUAGACCUCUGGCCUAUUGUACUUAGCCUGAGUGUGCGGAGAAUAAAUAAAUAAAUACCUUGCUGGUUCUUUAAGAUUUCAUUGUAAUCCCAAGCCAUGGCCACAAGAUAGCGCUAACAUUACAGAAAUGAAAAUCUGCAGCCUUUCUGCCUGUACUUGAGGGAGCCAAGCCAUUUAUGGCCCAAGAAGGCCCUCCAUAUCAUCUUUCUUUUCUCACGGUCGCCCAUCCACCUCAGCUGUGCUCUCCCUCGUUACUGAGAGAUUCUGACGUGAAGGAAUUGGUCAGAACCUUUCAGUUUGCACAGGCAGAUUAAGCCGAAGAGCUGUAAAGAUUAUCCAGGGCAUGGGGGGGGGGGGUUGCAGACCAAAAGAUUCAAAGGAUGAUCUCAUCUUUGUUCGCUUGGAUAACAUCUUGCCAAACCCAGUAAUUCUAGGUGAAAAAUAAAUCAGCAUCUUGCUGAGUUUAGCUUCCACGGAAUCGAUUGCUUGGGUUUCAGAGUCUUCUGUCUUAUUUUUAAAUGGUUGGGUUUCUUCUUGAACAGUAGCAGGAAAGAAAUGACAUCAACUAAUGCCCUACUGUCCAAAAAAUUCAUCAGGCCUCUCCUUCAGGUGGUCAGUAAAAAGGAGAAGGAAAUGACUCACAGCGUGAACUGUAGAGAUUAGAGCUCUGGUCUCUGAAGGCGGUUUUGCCAGAGUUUUCAUUAUGACGAUUCUACAGUCCUCUCUCUCCAGGUCUUCAAGCCUUCUCCUUGAGGCAGGGCUCUCAGAUGGCCUUCUUCGGCCUCAGUUUGCCAGCCACCAUCCCGCCCUUACCCGGAGCCCUGUGAUCUCUGAUCCUGUGACUUCUGGAACAUUCCUUCUCUCAUUGUUGUUCUACUUCCCUCUGGUCCUAGAUAUCCAGUUAGCUUUUCCUGGAGUGGUGGGCAGGAGCAGGUGCUAAUGGAAUUGUUACCUUUCCCACUGAUUCAAUUUAAAGAUUCAGUUUAAGUAAGAAGAUGGCGAUGGUGUACUUGAGCAAAUGGAUGCUCUCUCCAUCUUUCUACCUCACAGAUACCUUUUCUUGGAUCUUACUGUGAGGCUGGGCUGUCCUAGGCCAGAAAUAACACGCCUGGCAGGUUGAGUUUCCAACUUCCAUAUACUGCCAAGGGUUGUCUAAGCUUUCUCCAUGGGAAGACCCAAGCUGGAUUCCCAGAUAUGCUCACUGGCUGUUGUGGGCAGCCAACAUUUAUUGUAUAUUUCCCUUAAAUUUUCCCCUUAAACUUCUUCUAUUGACGUAUGGUUUGUGGGUGUCAAGUUUUCUUGUAUCUGGUGAAUAUGAAAGAAAGGACAAGUGAACCUUCCUGUGGUCUGUGGUUGCUGUGAAGCAGCUCCCGUGUGGAAGAGCUGUUUGGUUUGAACCGUAAAGAAAACAGUAUUUUGAGUUUAGCUGAAGAAAAGUUCAUCCAAGUGACUGUUACUGUAAACCUGGUUAUUAAAAUAAUUGUAAAACAACA